AUGUCGUCUGUGCAUUCGGAUGACGAUCAGGAAGAGAUCAAUGUGGACUCUGAUAGUAGAUUAUCAGGUCAAUAUGACAGAAGCAUUGCUUCUGAAGACCGUGAUUCUGAACAUAGUUUUAAUGAACGAUAUAGGGACUCCCCUAACGACCACAUGACAGAUACUCAGCAGAGAGUGAACCUACCUUUCAGUAUAUCUCGGUUAUUAGGUAAACAAUUUGAAGAUUUAGACAAACGUCGGAAUUCAAGGGAGAGUGAUGAUAGAAGUGAUCAGGACACAGAGUCUGAAAGUGCUAAAGACGAUGCGAAAGAAGCUGGGUUGCCUUUAAGUUUUUCUCACAACCCGGGACUUUACCCAAACGGUAGUCUAUUGUUAAGACCAGGGCUAGGCUUAGGAGGAGGUUAUGGUUUUCCGAGUAAUCCGGGGGUUGUAAGAGUGCCUGCACAUAGGGCUCUGGGUGCGUUGGGUGCAUGGGGCGUAGCCCUAGACCCAAUGAGGCAAGCUGCCGCUGCAGCAUUUGCGCAUCAAGUUGUUAAAGACAGAUUAAAUGCUUCAUUUCCAAUUACAAGGCGGAUCGGUCAUCCCUACCAGAACCGAACACCACCAAAACGCAAGAAGCCGAGGACGUCGUUUACAAGGAUGCAAAUAGCUGAACUAGAAAAACGCUUCCAUAAACAAAAGUACUUAGCGUCUGCUGAACGAGCGUCACUCGCUAAAACUUUAAAAAUGACAGAUGCGCAAGUAAAAACAUGGUUUCAAAAUAGAAGAACGAAAUGGAGACGACAAACAGCUGAAGAACGAGAGGCAGAACGUCAAGCAGCCAACCGAUUAAUGUUAUCACUUCAAGCGGAAGCGCUGAGCAAAGGCUACAUACCAGAACCACCUCCCGGAGCACCUCAGUUAUCAGCGCUUCAUUAUCAGACAUCCGCUAACGCCGCACAGCAGCAACAAUCCAACACCGCUUUAAGCGCUUUACAAAAUCUUCAACCAUGGGCAGGGAAUCAGGGAUCGUUUAUGAAUGCACCGGGUUCCGCUCCACCUCCUCAUCCUCCGCCUGUCGCGUCUCCUAUUUGUUGAGUUUUUAAUAUAAAUAAUUAAGUACAUUAAAAUAUUUCUUCAGCUCGCUAAGUAGGUACUUACUACACUAGUUAAGCAUUUUCAGUGCUUAUUUUUGUGACCGUUCAAG